AUGAAGCUCGACGCCACAGACAUGCGCUAUAUCACCUCGGAUGAAUUCCGGGUACUCACCGCUGUUGAGAUGGGCUCGAAGAAUCACGAAGUGGUGCCGACGGUGCUCAUCGUGCAAAUCUCCGGCCUGCGAAACGGAGGCGUGAACAAGUUACUGGGCUCCCUUGCCAAGCGGAACCUCGUUGCAAGGGUGCAAAAUUCCAGAUACGAUGGGUACAGGUUAACUUAUGGCGGGUACGACUACCUCGCCAUGAGGGCGCUCUCGAAGAGGGACUCGAUGUUUUCUGUUGGAAACCAGAUUGGCGUAGGAAAGGAGUCAGAUGUCUACAUUGUCGCCGACGCCGAAGGCAACGAGAUGGUUCUGAAGUUGCACAGAUUGGGCCGCAUAUCGUUUCGUGCGAUCAAGGAGAAGAGAGACUACAUGGGCAAGCGCAAGUCGGCCUCGUGGAUGUACAUGUCCCGUCUAGCAGCCGAGAAAGAGUGGGCCUUCAUGAAGGUACUUCACGAGCAUGGGUUCCCCGUUCCGAGGCCGGUGGACCAUGCACGACAUUGUAUACUCAUGGAGUUCAUCGAUUCGUAUCCGCUUCGCCAAGUUUCAGAUCUCCCCUCUCCCGGCAAGCUCUACUCCGACCUGAUGGACCUCGUCGUCCGCUUCGCUCGCGCGGGACUCAUCCACGGCGACUUCAACGAGUUUAACAUCCUCAUCCGAAGAGACACGGGCGAACCUGUGGUUAUUGACUUCCCACAGAUGGUCAGCACGUCGCAUAUGAACGCCGAGAUGUAUUUCAACCGCGACGUCGAGUGCAUCCGGAGGUUCUUCCAACGGCGAUUCCGAUAUGAGAGCAAUCUCUAUCCGCGAUUCUCGAGUACGCGGGACGCUGCUGGGGAUGGAGAGGAUUUCCGGCUCGACCUUGUGGUGUCUGCGAGUGGCUUCAAGCAGAAGGAUCAGCAAGUUUUGGAGGAGUAUAUGGGUGCUCAGCCACAUGGGAAUGAAGGGGACGAACUCAGUGAUGAAGGCCAGGAAGAGGAAGAGGAGGAAGAGGAGGAGGAAGGACAGGAAGCGCAGGAAGAAGAGGACCAUGCGGACGACAUGGAGGAAGUACAAGAAGGAGGCCAAGAACCACCGCAAGAAUUUGCAGGUCCUCCAUCAGCAUGGACAUACCGUGAGGCAGAACAGAACGGGCUUGAAGACGAGAAGGAAUUGUCCCCACCUUCUACCUCCCGUCCGAUAUCCCGCUCACCGCCAGCAUCCCGCCACUCCUCACGGUCACCGGUCCGUUCGACGUCCCCCUCCCUCGCUGACCGCGCAGCAACGCUAUCGCUCUCCAACGUCCACGAAGAGCCCUCCCAUUCGAAAGGUAUUUCAGAGAAGGUUCAGUCCGAGCUUACAAAACGGCGCGCGCGAGAACAUCGCAAGUAUCACUCCAAAAAGAGCGCGCAGCGCAUGGGCGGGAGGUCCAAAGGUAGCAAGGCGAAGCAGGAUGGAAAGAUUAAGGUCGAUACUGGAGGAUUCUGGGAAUGA